GGCUAAUACAUAUGAAUUGACGGAUAUGCGCCGUUCGCAAAAUUCGAAAGGGAACAGGAUUAGGAACGCAAAAAGAUAUAAAGAUACCGUCACUGGAACGACGAGGAAUCGGAUCUCUAGUCCUAUCAAUUAGCACCAAACCACUACCUCACCAUGGCCAACACAGCUUCGUUUAAGAAACGAACAGUCCUCGUCACCGGUUAUUCCGCUGGCGGGGCUGGCAACGCCCUGGCACUCGAGUUUGCUGCGCGAGGACUGCGAGUCUUCGCCACUGCGCGAUCGGAGAAGUCUCUGAGCAACUUACGGGAGAAGGGCAUUGAGACUUUUGUGUUGGAUGUCACGGACUCUGCCAGUAUUGCUUCGCUCAAAGAUGAGAUUAGCAAGCUCACUGACGGCCGACUGGAUAUGCUGUUCAAUAAUGCAGGCACCAUGUACGAAGCCCCUGCUAUAGAGGCUGAUCAGAAACAUGUUCGUGCCAUGUUUGAUACCAACAUCUUUGGUUUAUUCGAGAUGGUGUCAGUCUUCACACCUCUCUUGCUAAAGGCAGUAGUUGGUUCCCAGACUGCGCCGGCCAUUAUCAAUGCCGCAUCCAUCCUUGGAAGAUUGCCCUAUCCGUUCGCUUCGGCGUAUAACGCCACCAAAGCCGCUGUCGGUUCGUAUUCGGACACUCUCCGACUCGAACUCAGCCCGCUCGGCAUCAGGGUUGUCACUUUGUUCAUGGGAGAGGUGUCGACUGCUCUUAUGUCUCCAGGCAACGUCAACUUCGGUACCGAGAGCAUAUAUUUCGAGGUGCAAGACAAGGUGAGAGAGCGCAGCGUGAGCCACACCAAGAAUGCUCUGGCUCCUGCGGACUUUGCUCGCCAGGUUGUGAGUGAGGUUCUCCAACCAAAGAAUCAAUACGUCUGGAAGGGUUCAAAUGCCUUCAUUGUCUGGCUUCUCGAUAUCAUUGGACCAAGGGCUGUAUUCGACGGGACAAUGAAAGGGCCAGUUGGAUUUGCUGAUUCCAGCAUCAUCAAGAAACUUUUUGACAGAGGCCAGCGAGGGGCGGGUGAUGCUUGAGGGAGACUCUAGGUUCUAGACCGAGGGAGAUUAGAUGAUAUACUGUCUUAAUUAUUUAUUUUGUUUAUCC